AUGCAACAGUCUCUAGAAAGAGCUUUAGAUCGUGCGGAGUAUGUCAUUGCAAGUGCCCAACAGAGACCUCCAAAAAGGCAAUACUCAACUAAUGGGGAAAAGUCUCUGUAUGAAAAACUUUAUGACAUUUAUGUUGAAGAAUGUGAAAAGGAGCCUGGGGUUACGGAGGGAUUAAGAAGCAAUGUGAAGCUGUUAGAGAAGCUUCUUAGGAGAGAGUCGUUGCCGUGUUUGGUGGUCAACCUGUACCCAGGAAAGGAGGGCUAUUCGCUGAUGCUCAAAGGGGAAAAUGGAUCAUCUUCGGAGAGCAUCCGACUGCCCUAUGAAGAAGGGGAAUUGCUCGAAUACUUGGAUGCAGAAGAAUUACCUCCUGUUUUGGUGGAUUUCCUGGAAAAGUCUCAGGUUAACGUUUUUCAUCGUGGGGGUGUCAUAGCAGAAAUACGGGACUACAGGCAGUCCAGUGACAGGGGACCUCCCCAUUACCAAAGCAGGCAUAUUAUCUUACGUCCCACGAUGCAGACUUUAGCCUGCGAUGUAGAGGACAUAGCCAGCGAUAAUCAGAAUUGGACCCAGGAGGACAAACUUUUGCUUGAGAGCCAACUGAUCUUAGCUACAGCUGAACCACUGUGUCUAGACCCUUCUGUAUCAGUAGUUUGCACUGAAAACAGACUGCUCUAUAACAAACAAAAGCUGAACACUCUUCCCAUGAAAAGGAGCUUCAAGAGGUAUUCUGUGGCCUCUCUGAAUAGGCAGCAGGAGCUGUCUUGUUGUCCACCUCCUCCUGAGCUAAGAGCCCUGACUUCCUGCAAAAAAAUAGGAAAAAGUAAAACAGGUGGGGAUUACGGCCUCAAAACUUUUAAAGAAGGAAGUUGUGUAGCUAUGUGGAAACAGAGACCCUGUGACUUGGCUGUACCUUCUGAAGUGGACGUGGAGAAAUAUGCUAAAGGGAAGAAGUCUGUCACAUAUGAUGACUCACAAUCAACAGUCUGGCCAACCCAUGAGGUACAAGAUGGUUCUGUAUUUGGGUGUGAAGAGGGCAGUCAGUCCCAGACAACAAAGCUGACCUUGCAGUCACUUAAUGAUCCACUUAUCUCUGGAAAAAGAAGCUCCCCUAAAAAAGUCAGACGUGAGAGACAGCUGUCUCCCCCGCAAUCCUCCACAGAUGACCAUUUCUAUAGUUUCGUGCCAGGGCCAAAGACUGAUGUGGGGAGGGUGGUCAGUCAGUCCAAGGAAUUGGUCCAAAAGAGUGCCCAGUGUCCAGUGCAGGUAUCACGCAGCUCCGUUGACUCAACUGGUCUCAGGCAACCUUCUCCAGGGAAAGAACCAGAACAGCCUAAGACUGGGUCGGUUCAGUCUUCAGUGUCUGACAAGGGAGCCAAACAUCCACCUCCACCCAUCACACUUCCCUUGAACUCAGGAAGGAGCUCCAGUGGUGACAGUUUCACUUCACAGCAGGCAAGCAGCUCUCAUAAAUCUCCAUCUUCUGCCCCUGCUCCUAAGCCACCAAGUCCUUCCCAGAAAUUCUCUGCGGAGGUGAAUCAAGUUAGCUUGCUUCCUGCCACGGCCCUGUCCACUGCGGGCUCAUCACAGAGGACCCAAAGGACCCAAGUUUUGGCCAUAUCAUCUGGCCUGAAGAUCACCACAGUGGUGUACUCUGGUGAAGGAUGCCAGGCCUCGGGGAGAGGCUCCAAGCCCAUGCAGGACUCUACCACCGGGGCCACAGCUCUUGCAGGAAUCAUGCUCCGUCAACUUCCCACAGGAAUCAAGCCUGGCCCCCUGCCCACGGGGAUCAGACCUGGCCACCUGUCUACAGGGAGCAAGCCCGGUCCCCUGCCUGGAGGAAUCACUCUUGGCCACCAACCAACAGGGGUCAAGCCUGGCCCCCUGCCUGGAGGAAUCACGCUUGGCCACCAACCAACAGGGGUCAAGCCUGGCCCCCUGCCCGGAGGAAUCACUCUUGGCCACCAAUCAACAGGGGUCAAGCCCGGCCCCCUGCCCACAGGGAUCGGACCGGGCCAUCUGUCUACACGGAGAAAGUGCAGCCCCUUGCCCAGAGGAAUCAGGCUUGACCACCAACCAACAGGGGUCAAGCCUAGCCCCCUGCCCGGAGGAAUCACUCUUGGCCACCAACCAACAGGGGUCAAGCCUGGCCCCCUGCCCACAGGGAUCGGACCGGGCCAUCUGUCUACACGGAGAAAGCGCAGCCCCUUGCCCAGAGGAAUCAGGCUUGACCACCAACCAACAGGGAUCAAGCCUAGCCCCCUGCCUGGAGGAAUCACUCUUGGCCACCAACCAACAAGGAUCAAGACUGGCCAGCAGCCUGCAGGCGCUCAGCCACCAAAUGUGCUGCCUGCUCCACCACCGGCUCCUUCUCAAGGAGGUGUUCAAUUUAUUGUUAAAAAAGCUUCCAGUUGCAGUCCCUUAGCUCUACUCCAGCUUCCACCGGACUCACUCAUUUUGAACACCCAGCAGCAGGCCCAGGAGCAGCCACAGCAGCAGUGCUUCUACCACCUGAUUCCACAGCAGCAACUUCAACAACCCACAACUUCGCAUCCUCAGCAGCCAGUGCCACAGGCUCCUGUACAAGGUUCGGUCAGUCAGAGAAGGAACUUACCUGCUCAGAAAGCGACGGCCAUUAACCUCAAUGAAGUGGAGGGUUUUCUGCAGCCCCAGGUAGUUGUGUUGUCUCGGCUGGGCUCUGCCCAGAGCCACCCAGGGCCAAACCUCCCUCAGCAGGGAUCUCAGCUCUCCUCUGCCUUGCAGCUGCAGCUGCAGCCACAGCCUCAGCCAAUAGGGUUCAGAAUCUUGCAGUGCUCAGUGGCUGUGACAACAGUAGCAGCCCAGACAGCUCAGCCCCCUCCACCUAGUGAGCAUACAGCAAGCCAGUCAGAAGGUAAAAUGAAGGGAAGCACACCAACCCCUCCAAAGCCCUGA